AUGGGUAAGGGGUCGGCUGAUGUUGAUCCGAAUGAUCCGCAGAACUGGUCUACUGCUGCGAAACUCACUACCUAUUUGACCAUCUGCUUCUACACCUUUCUCGCCAAUGUCAAUAGUAGCAACUUUACCGUCGCGACCAAGGCCAUCGUCGCUGAGUUUCAUGUCUCUCAGACUCAGGCUGGCGAGCUCGUCUGUUUCAAUGUCUUUCUCUUCGGCCUCGGUAACAUCUUCUGGGUCCCGCUGAUGCGCGUCAUUGGUAAGCGGCCGGUCUAUUUGAUCUCCAUGCUGUUACUGUCCACCAUGAAUAUCUGGUCGUCGCGCGCCACUAGCUACGGCGAGCUGCUCGCCGCACGCAUCCUCUCUGGGUUUGCUGCCGCCGCUGCAGAUGCCACCGUUCCCGCCGUCGUCAGCGACAUGGUCGCCCCUCAUGAGCGCGGGCACUACCUCAUGAUCUUUCAUCUCGCCCUGACUAGUGGAUUAUUUCUCGGGCCGUUGAUCAAUGCGUACCUGGUGCAAGACGAGGACUGGCGUUGGAUGUGUUACUUUCUCGCGGUGGCGGUCGGGGCUGUCUUUAUCCUCGCCAUCUUCACCAUUCGUGAAACGACGUACCUCCCGCGACAUGUCACCUCCCAGAGGAGAAAGUAUCGGGACUGGCUGUCGCUGACACGGGGGUAUAACCCCGACGCGUCAUUCCUCCGAACCGUCUGGGAUAUCCUUCGCAACGCAGCAUAUCCUCAACUCCUGUGGUGUUCCCUUACCAUCGGUAUCUCAGUGGGAUGGAACAUCGUGGUCCAACUCACCGCAUCCCGCACCUUCACUGCACCCCCCUACAACUGGUCGGCCGGGAGUAUCGGCCUCCUCUCGAUAUCCGGCUUCAUCGGCUCCCUCCUCGCCUUUUAUCUCGGCGGCCGUCUGAUCGAUAUCCUAUCCACGCGGUACACCCGCCGUCGCGGCGGCCCACGACUCCCUGAGUAUCGAUUACCCGCGAUGAUCAUCCCCGGCACGAUCGGACCUGCAGGAAUUCUCAUCUUCGGGCUGUGCGUAGCGCACCAGACGCACUGGGCGGGCGCGGCAGUCGGAUACGCCAUGCAGGCGUUUGGAGUGGCGGCGAUUUCCAAUGUGGCGGUGACGUAUGCGCUGGAUUGUUAUAAGCCGAUUACGGGCGAGGCGUUGGUGAUCAUCUUCGUGAUUCGCAACACGAUAGGCAUGUUGCUGUCGUUGUAUGCGGCGGACUGGAUCAGCCGACAGGGCGCCGCCAAGGUGUUUGGCGAGAUGACAGCCAUCCAGGGGGUGAGUGUGUUGCUGGCGCUGCCAUUGUUUGUUUGGGGGGAGAAGCUGCGGGGACUGACGGCGCGAUAUGGGCCGAUGAGGCGCUUUGCGGGGGUGUCUUAG